GACGAGACGCUGAAAACAGGUUCUCCCUUUCCAGCUGAUCGACCCAUUUGAUCAGCUCCUGGUGGAACAUCGUCAUGACCUGACGAAUUGUCCCUUUCCUAUUUAAUCAUGAAUGACAAGCUGUUUUUUCUGGGCCUCCUGUACUUUGUGCAGGGGAUCCCCUAUGGUCUCCAGUCCUUGUUGCUCCCUGUCUACCUCCGUGGGGCGGGCCACUCCCUCACCCACAUCGGCUUGACCAAAAUCCUCUACUUCCCCUGGGUGCUCAAGGUCCUCUGGGCACCCCUGGUGGACCGUGUGGGCACCAAACGGUGCUGGCUGGUGGCCACGGUCUCUGGCCUGGCGCUUACUUGUCUCUCCAGUGCCGCUCUGGCCCCGGAGGCCCACAUCUGGGGAGUGGUGGGGACUCUGCUGGCCAUGAACGCCCUGGCAUCGAUUCAGGACAUCACAGUGGACGGGGCCGCUGUGGGACUGCUGAAGGGCCGCAGCGAGCUGGGCCUGGGCAACAUGGCUCAGGUGGUGGGCUACAAGGCCGGCUCGGUGUUCGCCGGGGGCGGGCUCCUGGCUGUGAUUGACGUGGCUGGGUGGGGCCCUAUGUUUAUGCUGUUGGCCUUUGUGUACUUCGGGGUGGCACUGUUUGUGUGGGGGGCCCCUGUGCUGGACAAUGAGCUGUUGAGGGGCCAGGCAGAGGGGAGGAGGGGGGUCCAGUCGGACGCUGUGCAUCCCUGGAGGGUGUGGCGGAAGCUGCUGUCAGUACCUGGGACACCCUGGACCAUGAUCUACGUUCUCACAUACAAACUGGGUGAGCAGGGUGCGGUGACCAUGUUCCCUCUCUUCCUUUUGGACCAUCACAUGACAGCCCGGGAGCUGGGGUUCUGGAACGGCAUGAUCGCCAUGUGCUUCUCAAUCUGUGGCUCCUCCCUCGGUGGCCUGCUGCUCUCCCAGUUCAGUAUUGGCUCUCUGAUGAGGCGGGUAUUUGUGAUGCGGACUGUCAGCAUGGUGUUCCAGAGCUCCCUCCUGACCGUGCUGGAACCUUCUCCACUCAUGAAAGGUAUGGCAGUGUUGAGUUUGAGCAUUCAGCACUUUCUGGGCGGCCUCAUCACAACGCUCACCUUCACAACCAUGAUGCACUGCACACAGAGAGCGGAGGAGAGUGUACAGGCCACCCACUACAGUUUCCUGUCCACUCUGGAGGUACUGGGGAAACUGAUGUUCGGUGCCCUGGCAGGGGGCCUGGUGGACUGGGUGGGUUUUCCCACCGCCUUCCUCCUUUUCCUGGUCCUCUCUGCCGGGACAGCCCUCCACAUCUGGAAGGCCACAGACACAGGGGCGCUCAGGGAAGAGCCCAAGUGAUCAGCUUUUUGUUCUAGCCCUUACUAACACAUCAGAUCAAGCUACUCAAGGGGUCGAUGAUCAGUUGAGUCGUUGAACAAGGUGUGUGAGUGUAGGGUUGGAACAAAAACCUCCACACCCUAUAGGUGUCCAGGACUAGAGAUGGUGAUCACUGAGAUUGAGGAGGAGGAGGAAGAAGUGUGUUGCAUGAGUGCGAAGCAAAUUCUGUCGUACGUCGGCGUCCUAGAAAAACUCUCACUUUUUUUAAACAUAAAUUGAACUUUUCACAGAACAUUCCACUCCAUGUUCUGUGAAAGAUUAAUGAAUCUAAUACUAAUAUAAGUCAUUCAAAAAGCCUUGUGAAUUCCCAUUAAUAUAUGGCAACAACAACAUUGUUUCAGAUUCCUGAAAAGAUAACUUUUUUAUACAAGAUUUUUCCAGGACACUGAUGAGUAGCUAUAUUGAGUUGGGGGGAUUGGAUCAGUAGCAUAAGGGAUAGGGAGGGAAAUAAAUAAAUGGGAAAGCUGUUAAGGGGUUGUUGGAGGACAUACAGUACCAUCUGAGCCAUUUUCAUAUUUGCCAAGGCUGCAGUAAAAUUUUAUCCAGCAGUUAUACUUAGCCAUUGAUUAGCCAGCGAUGAAGGUUAUAUAUGUCAUAUCAGUUUCCUUUUUGAACUUGUUCUGUGGUGACAUUUUUGAAUGAAUCCCUACUACCUCUUAUCAACACUGUAAGAUACGCAGAAGAAGCUAGUGAGCUGUAAAGUACAACAUUUGCUAGCUAGCGUGAAAUUUCGAUUAGAGGUAGCUAGCUUGAACCAUUACUCUGCUAGCCUAGGUUAGUUGUUAGCGCAAUUAGAGAGAACCAGGUCAGACUUUAUUUAUAUAGUCCGGAUUUUAAAUCUGUAGAUGCUCUACAGAUGGUCAUACUAUCAACAAACUAUCUGUUGAUAAGCAACUGCUUGCUAUGGUUACUGUUAGGUUUAGGGUUAAGGUUAGGGUACGGUCUAAGCUUAGGGUUAUGAUAACGGUUUAGGUUACAGCUAGGGUUAGUAGAUAGUUAGUUGAAAUGUUACUGAUGGUCUAUAUCUACAGAUGGACUAUCCAAAUAAAGUAUUACCGAGAACAGUACUGUAGCCUUACAUUUUGUAUGGUGGUUAGUUUUCCAAGAUUGGCAACAAAAAAAAUUAAAAAUAUAUAUUGUACAUUUUUAUGAAUUCUGGGGGGAAAUUAUAUUUAUAUGUAAUUUUUCAUAGAUGCUGGUUGUUUAACUACCUGCUGAUAUUGCUUGUUUGAGUUGUUAAAUAAUGUGUAAAGUUCUUAAGAAUAACACACACCUUAUCUAAUCACAGCAGUUGAAGCAACUUAGAUUGUGGUGCAGUUCAUUCGACUGAUGAGAGGCGUCUACUGGCAAAAGGACUGAAAUAUUCAACCAAUGCCUCACACUGAUUGAAUACCAUCUGUCUUUUGUUUACCGUAUCACACAUUGUGAUGGCUGAAUUACAAUAUAACAGAUAGUCACAGGGAUGAAAAUCACAGGGGACAAGCCAAAGGGAUGACAGUUCACAGAGGUGGCAUAGUGACACUAGGCCUCGGCAGUUUCAGAUAGGGACAGCCGUGGGGAGAUAAAACCAGAGCAGCCAUGUUAUGAACUGUCAUAAUCAGCAAGGUCACUUUGACCAAUACAGCCAAGUCCACACUAAUGUAAAGCACCUGUUGCAAAGCACACCCCUGCCUCUGACACAUGCUGAGAGAUUGUCACUAAAUAAAGCUGCUGCCCAAAUGUCAUAUCCUGUAAUAAUCCUCUACCUGAACGUACCUGUUUUUAAUACCGUCACUUUGGCAUCAGUCUAAAAAAGAAUCAUAGUAAACACCUGUACAUUUGAAAGAUAGAAGCAUAAAGUGAAUAUAUCAUACCGGUUAUAUCCAGUGGACUGAAUGGGAUUGAGGCUAGCCAUUGUUGGGGACAUUACACCAUGCCAAAUCUUGGGACACAAUUAUGUUUUCCUCACACACGUCUCUCAUAUAUCCACACCCUAUGUCAUUUUGGAU